AUGGCGUCCUUUGAAUUGCAGCCGAACACAUCUCGUCGAGACGAGCUCGAGGAGGUUCCAGGUACCAAAGCCGACAUCGACCUCAUUGAAAGCGCAGGAUAUGGAGGAGAACCCACACACGCCGAGUCAAUGACUGCCCGUCUACCAAAAGCCCACCGAGACUAUCUGAUGGAGCGACACGGGACUUUGGAACUCGACCCUAUUCCCGGAAUGAGUCCAGCUGACCCUUACAACUGGUCUGAGCGGAAGAAAAUGAUAAACCUUGUACUUGUGGCGUUUCACGCUUGUAUGGGCACAUUCACCGCCGCCGCCAUUAUCCCUGCCUUUUUAGACUUAUCCAAAGCACUUGGCGUCGGAAUGCAAGAUGUUGCUUACUUGACCUCUUUGCAAAUCGCCAUCCUUGGAGGUGCGCCUCUGUUUUGGAAACCACUUUCCAACCGUGCAGUUGUGAUGGAGACGACCUUUAAAAAGGAUCGCGGUCGUUACAUGGGCGUUUGGACAUUAAUGGUCACCCUGGGCGUCCCGAUUGGGCCUUUCAUCUUCGGCUUCGUCGCCUACCGCGCUGGUUAUCAGUGGAUCUUCUGGAUCCUCGCAAUGAUCAAUGGCGGCCAAUUCAUCUUGUAUCUGUUCUUCGGUCCUGAAACUCGUUAUCUGGACAGCGGCAUUGACAGCAAGGAGUCGACAAGAAAGAUUGAGUACAUGUCGCUGCGACGGAUUGAUCCAGCACCAUUUUCAUGGUUCGAAUUUGUCCGCCCGCUGACAAUGGCUCGACACCCAUCAAUCCUUAUCCCGGCAUGUGCAUACGCAAUGAUCUUCCUAUUCGCCAGUGUCCUCACCACUGUUGAGGUGCCCCAAUUAUUGCAAGAGAAGUUUGAACUCAACUCUGAACAGUUAGGUAUGCAGUUCCUAGGCGUGAUCAUAGGCUCCGUAAUCGGCGAGCAAAUGGGCGGCGUGCUGUCAGACUUCUGGAUGAGCCGGCGCAGCCAACGCAUCAACCGCAAGGCCGAGCCAGAAUUUCGCCUGUGGCUCAGCUACUUUGGUUUUGCGCUCACCAUCAUCGGCGUGAUUAUCUUCCUAGUCUGCACGCAGGAAUCACCCAGCGGACACUGGAGCGUCUCGCCCAUUGUCGGCACUGCUAUUGCUGCUGUCGGGAACCAGCUUGUGACCACGGUGAUGGUCACAUAUGCUGUUGAUUGCUUCCCACAAGAAGCUGGUAAUAUCGGUGUUUUUGUCACCUUUGUCCGACAGAUCUGGGGUUUCAUUGGUCCAUUCUGGUUUACUCCAAUGUUUGAGAAUGCGGGCAUUGCACCCAGCGCGGGCAUUGUGUCGGCGUUGAUUGUGCUCGUCAGUGUGAUCCCAACUAUCUUCUUGCACUGGCGAGGUAAGAUUUGGCGUAGCGAAGAGUAA